UCCUGCAGCGUGGUUUGUGUUUACAGAGUUUAUAGAGUUUAACUAAAACUAAGCGAAGCCAAUUGCGCCAAAGGAGAACCGCAGCGCAGCGCAGCGCGCGCAUCCCCCCCAGCGGGGUUGAGGGGGUUGAGGGGGAGGUGUGGACAUACCUUUGUUUUCUAGAGCUUGUAGACCGCGGCCGAUGGAGUCUAAAGUGAGGUUUAGAAGACGAAAGGUGAGGUUUAGCGACAGAGAGCUCGGAGUUUUAGUGGAAGAAACGCUGAAAGCGCAGAACAAACUGAACCGGCUGCUCCCCAACAGAGUGAGGAAUAAAGCGUGGCGCCGGAUUCUGAGGAAAGUGAACUCGGUGGCCAAGUCGAGGAGGACGCUCAACGAGGUGAAGAAGAGGUGGUACGACGUGAAAAGGCAGCGUGGACGAGACCUCGAGAGGCUUUAUCAUCAGAUGACGAUGCGGGCAUCGGGUGAAAGCUGUUCUUCAGACGAAGAAAGAGGCUUGUGCCCAACUGAGUUAGCCAGCUUUGUCAAAGAGGAACCAGAAGAGCCGACAGAGCUUCAGCUUCAGCCAGAUCUAUUUCAGGCGGACUGUAAAUUGAACGGACAGCUGAUGCCCUGCGUUCCUAUGAUCAAACUGGAGGAUAUAGCCCACCACAUUUCUGCCACACCGUUGUAUUCAAGCACAGAUAUGGAGAGUCUACCAGAACAGAAUCCACCCCAGCUGAACCGUCAGACCCCUCCAGCGCUUGAUACUCUGGAUUCUUCUUGCACUGACGAGAUUCCAAAUGUUGAUUCUCCACAGUCCCCACGUAACAGCGAGAUUGAGGACAUACCAAGUCCUUCUGCUGUAGUAGCUGCGAUCUCAGCAGAGAUGAAACAAAUGAACGCUGCGUGCAGUGCGUUGCUCGCCAGCUCUACCCAGCUAUUAAGUGCUGUGGAGGGACUGAACAGAGUUAUUAAUGCCAUGAACUACCAGCGGAGUUAUUUCCAUCAGAGGAUGUUGGAUUCCCUGGACAACAUUGCUAUUAUGCUGAAGAAACAUGAUGGAGUUUAGUUGGACCCAUUACAACCACCUGAACAACCGUUAAAACAAGCCUACUUAGGGAAAAAAUGUCUUCCCUUCUCAUUUGCAGGCUAUGAAACUAAUGCAGUAGUUCAAAUCGUAUAUAUUUUUGAUUAAAGCUUACUUUGUCAUCUUGCAGGCUUGUCUUGGAUUUUUUUUUCUACUUAAUAGUUUGUCAAAGCUCUUCAUAAAGGAGAAAUUUCUUCAUAAUUUACACGUUAUAACGUUGACAAAUUCGUUUGAUAGGAAAUCGAGAAACGUGGUUGGUUGGAAUUGUUCACAGUGGUGGCGCUAGGAACCAGACGUCAUUUAAUACCUCUGAAAGCUCCUUCACAGAAAGUUAUUAGAUUUAACAGUUAAUAGUAUGUUGCCUCACGCCUGAGGCAUUAUGUUACAAUUGUGAAGUUGUGUGUUAAAUGCAUUUUUCUUUAUCCCAUGUGUGGUGUAGGGGUACAUGCAGGGCGUUGUACGGAAACGAAAUUCCUAAAGAAAUCUUGUUUUUUAGAUUUACCACUUUUCACACCAGACGUCUCUGAAUGACUUUGUUUGUCUUCAACAUUUCUUCAUUUUGUAAAAAUGAUUGAGUUCCCCUUUAAAACCUGAUGCACUGUAAUGUAUUCUAUUAAGAUGCCUCAUUCUAAGAACAUGUUAACAGCGAACCCUUAAAGAAGAGUGCAUGAUAAGGUUAUUUCAAGUUUUGUAGUUUUCUAUAAACGAAGUAGCCAUUCAUUCCAUCACAGCUGCUUUAUUUACAGAUAGGAUGACUACUCAUUUUACACAAUUGAGAAUAAAUAAGAGGACUUUGUUUUGGACACUUUUUAAGAUUACAGUUUACAAGGAGUUCAGAUGUGACCAU